CCUGACGUCACGGCGCCCCCGCACAGCCGCCGACACCUGACAGCCGCCGCCGGGCGCGCGGGUGCGGGCAGCGCGAGUGGGCAGGCGGCGUGCUCCGGCUGCGCGGCGGCGGCGGCUGCGGGACCUCCGCGUCGCCCCUCGGCCCCACUCGGCCCCGCUCGGCCCGGCCGCAGCGCGCCGCCCUCGCCAUGUCGGUGGCCGGGCUCAAGAAGCAGUUCCACAAAGCGACCCAGCUAUUUAAGGGAGAGAGACCUGUGAGAGAGUGGGAGAGAAGCAUCUGCAGUACAGAGAAGAAAGUGAGUGAAAAAGUAGGAGGUGCGGAAGGAACCAAGUUGGAUGAUGACUUCAAAGAAAUGGAAAGGAAAGUGGAUGUUACCAGCAGGGCAGUUAUGGAAAUAAUGGCAAAGACGAUAGAGUAUCUUCAGCCCAAUCCAGCUUCCAGAGCUAAACUCAGCAUGAUCAACACUAUGUCAAAAAUUCGAGGCCAGGAAAAGGGACCAGGUUACCCUCAGGCUGAAGCCUUGCUGGCAGAUGCGAUGCUGAAAUUUGGCCGGGAACUUGGAGAAGAAUGCAACUUUGGACCAGCACUUGCAGAUGUGGGAGAAGCUAUGAAGGAGCUUUCUGAGGUCAAGGACUCUUUAGACAUGGAAGUGAAACAAAACUUCAUUGACCCCCUUCAGAAUCUCCAUGACAAAGAUCUGAGAGAAAUACAGCAUCACCUAAAGAAAAUGGAGGGUCGACGCCUGGAUUUUGAUUACAAAAAGAAAAGACAGGGCAAGCUCCCUGAUGAAGAACUUCGCCAAGCUCUGGAGAAAUUUGACGAAUCAAAAGAAAUUGCUGAAUCAAGCAUGUUCAACCUUCUGGAGAUGGAUAUUGAACAAGUGAGCCAGCUUUCUGCUCUUGUACAAGCCCAGCUGGAGUACCACAAGCAGGCCACACAGAUCCUACAGCGAGUUACUUCUAAGCUGGAAGAUAGAAUAAAAGAGGCAUCAUCUCAGCCCAGGAGAGAAUACCAGCCCAAACCCCGUAUGAGCCUGGAUUUCACAACUGGUGACAAUACUCAGCACAAUGGAGGAAUAUCCCAUGCCACCACACCCAAACCAUCAGGUGUUCACAUGGAUCAGCCAUGCUGCCGAGCUCUGUAUGACUUUGAACCAGAAAACGAAGGGGAGCUGGGAUUUAAAGAGGGUGAUAUCAUCACUCUCACUAACCAGAUUGAUGAAAAUUGGUAUGAGGGGAUGCUUCAUGGCCAGUCAGGUUUUUUCCCUAUCAAUUAUGUUGAUAUUCUAGUUCCAUUACCCAAUUAGGAUGGCUGAUCCACCACCUAUGACCUGGAUAGUUGUGUCAGUACCACUGCUUUCAAAAUGCUGCUUCUUACACCUUACAAGUGCAAACUGCAGUGGUUAGUCAUCGAUUCCCACUAGGCAUCUUUGGUUUGUGUGUUGUCAUACUACAUGGUGGUGAUGCGUGGUAUCUUCUGAGCCUGCAUAGUGUGGGUUAGUUUAUUGGCCAUGCUGGCCUGGUGGUAACCAGAGCCAUUACUGAGAUGAAGCUGGGAAGAUGAUAGUAAGCAAAGCAGGUAACUCACAGUGAAGUAGCAGGAAGUGAAGGUGAUAUUGGGAAGAUAACGCCCAUCACCACUGUAUUACUUUUCAGUCUUAGUUCUCUAUAAAAAGAGGGAAAAUUUCUUGCCAUUCCAUCUUUCCCUUCACAAAUCUAACACUGACUGACCAGAAUUGUAUCUUCCAACCAAAAUGGCUUGCUGUUCUCACAGAGACAUUGUAAAUGUAGACCCUCUGGUUUCUCAGAAAGUGAACCACUGUGCUGUGUGUCCUGCUGCUCUCCGCUCAUUUUUAUAUUCUCAAUUAUUGUUAAAAGGCCUAUUUUCAUCUAGAGGUAAACUUCAAACCACAGAAUGGGGAUUCCAAUAGUAAAAACCUUGGACCACAAACCACCUGAAUUUGCCCUUCAGGAACUUUGAGCAUGCUCACCAAAAUGCCAGUAAGAGGGCAAGAUGGGGAAUAAAACUGGCAUUUGUUAACUGUUUCUUGUCAAGUCUUGGCACAAAAUCAUGCUGCUUAAGCACCAGGUAUCCUUUGUCAACUCACUCACUGAGGAAUACAAUAACCAACUGAACAUGACCCUCACUUCAUUUGUUUCUAUCUACCAUGUGUUCUUUGAACAUCAUUUGUGCACAUUCUGCCCUCAAUGAGGACUAAAUAAAACAUUGUUUUUUGUGUUGAGUAAUUAAAGACAUGUGGCUAUAUAUGCAAAAACAUUUCCCAUAUGUUUAGUUGGUUCUCUUGUGUUCCUCCUUCCCGCACUUUGUGUGUACAUUGCUGUGCCUAGCUUCCUGGCAUUCUUUUGGUAACAGUUGCAGAAGUUGUUAGUUUAGUUAUCCAGAGUUCUAUUUAUCUAAAUUGUACAGACUCUCUCAGAAGUUUAAUGUACUGCUUCGAAUGUGCCACUUCAGUACUGGAUGAUGUGAAAUGAAAACAGUUCCCUAUUGCUUAAUGUAUAAUCUGUAUCAUGGAAAGUAUUGAUAUUUCAAAUAAAUGCUGGGAGAAUAACUAGAA